AUGGACUACGGAAAGAUGGGAACCCUACUGGAAAGAGGAACUUCGCCAUCGCAUAGAGAUACACCCAGCAGCCAGGAAUAUAGAGAAAAAUUCCAGGAUCUGUACACCCGGUUUUUGAAUCAAAGCAGUAGUGACGAGGCCAGCAGCGACGAAGACAGCGCACAACAGCAGCAGGCGUCUCAGGCAAGAAAACACAGACCGCAGCCAAAACGACAACAACUGCCACCUGGAAGCCAGGCUCCAGAAGGCGAAAACCCGGAUUUGUCCCGCCAACUCCACGACCUGAUCUCGAGCAACUCGGAGCUGGGCUCCAGACUGCUGUCGCUGCUCCUGGUGAGCAGCGGCAACGCCAAAGACAUCAUAUGUGCGGUCAACAAAGGCGAUCUCGAAGGUCUCAAAAAAUUGGACCUCCAAGCAUCACAACUGCCCACGGCCGGAGUUGCAGCGACUCACGCUCACCGCCGAUAUACGCAACAAGAGCUCAGUGAGUUCAAAAAGGUGGAACUCGAAAAACGGCGCAAAAACACAGAAGCGUCGGCCCGGUUCAGAAUACGCAAGAAGAAACAGCAGCGGGAAAAAGCCGAGCGGCUCAAGCAGCUCAACAGCCAGAUCUCAGAACUAUACGCAACCAUCGACAGCUUACUGGACGAAAAUCAGUAUUGGAAGGGCAAGCUCGAAGAGGUCAACGAACGCAAGUCUCGAGAGAUGCUCGACAGCAUCAAGAGACGUCGGUUGAAAGAAGAGGGCGACGUUGCGACCGCCUAG